ACAACAAAUCUUAUAUUUUAUCUAUUACAUAUUGGGAAAAGCCACAAUAUAAUAAUGGUGAACCUAUCUCUUUAAAAAACUCUUCUGAGUCCAAUGACUCAAAUAACCAAACUUCAUCUGCUGAAACUAAUUCUAGUGAAAUUAGUGAAGAUGAAUAUGAAUCAUCUGAUGAUAAAUAG